AUGAAAAGGCAAGAGAAACUCAAGGAGGAGAAAAUAGCAGAUACCAAGGAGGAUUGCACAGUCGUAAAGAAGGACGAUGCAGAAAUGAAACGCAAAAGCAGAGAGAAGGUUAAGAAUGCGUGGGGGCCAGAGAAGGAAGUGACAGAGAAGGAAGUGUCAGAGAAGGAAGUGACAGAAAAGGAAGUGACAGAGAAGGAAGGGUCAGAGAAGGAAGUGACAGAGACUGAAGAGUCAGAUAAGGAAGAGUCAGAGACGGAUGAGUCAGAUAAGGCACAGUCAGAGACAAACAAGGAGAAGAAACGUGGUUUCUGGAGACAGUUCUGGCAGAAAGUAAAACCAAAAAAGAAGGCAACAAAAGAGGAAAAAAAAAAGAGCCAGACUGGCUGA